CAUAACAGCUGUGGAACGUAAACAAAACUUUCGCAAACAAACAAAAUUCUUUUUAGCAUAAAAACAGUGAAUUUCAUUAGAAAAUUAAAAAAUUAUUUCAUAAAAACAACAAAUUGUUUAUCCGGUUUCAAGUGGUAACAUCAUCAAAGGACAAAUUUUUUUUUUGUAUCAAAAUCAUCGAAGCAAGAGAUAAAAUAUUUGCUUCCCACAUCGGAGGAAAAUAAAAUAAAAUAAAAUUAUUGGUGAAGCGUAAAAAAAAGGAAUGUUGUAAAAAAACAAAAUAAACAUUGCGAGAAACAAUAAACGGGACAAAUGUUCAAGGCGACCUUCAGCAGAGUUCAAUUGUUCAAUAGUCAUCAUCCGAAAGUUAUAGUUGUCGAUCUUCUCGUCGCCAUUGCGAAAUUCAAGUUGCUAUGAUGAAACACACCGUCGCCAAUACCGUAAUUUUCUUUCUGUGCGUCGUCGUGACACUCGCGAACAAUUCGCACCUCGACUGGGACACAAAAUGCGGGCAAUGCAAAUGUGUGUGGGCCGACGGCAAAAAAUUCGCCGAUUGUCGCGGCAUUCAGCUCAAAACGGUCCCGCACGAAAUGAGUUCGAUGCUUCAAGUGCUCGACUUGUCAAAUAACGACAUUGCCGAGCUGCGCCGCGAAGAAUUCGCCAAUGCCGAACUCAAUAAUUUACACAAACUGUUCAUACGGAACAGCGCGAUUGCCGAAGUGCAUCGCGACGCCCUCAAGGGCCUGUACAUACUCAUCGAACUUGACUUGUCAAGUAACAGCAUCACGCAACUGAAACCGGGAACAUUUAGUGGCCUCAUCAAAUUGCGCACCGUCAUCCUGAACAACAACAAGCUCGAUCGGCUCGAAGAUCGACUCUUCGAGAAUCUCGAGCACCUGCACAAAAUCGAGUUUAAGCACAAUCUCAUUCACCGCGUUGGCCUAAAUGUGUUCGUUAGUUUGCCGCAGUUGCAAAGCAUCUAUCUCGACUAUAACCGCUUGAGCCAUUUGCGGAAGGAAACGUUCCAGAAGCUGGACAAGCUGAGCGGUUUGUCGUUGACUGAAAACCCCUGGAAUUGCACGUGUGAUCUCAAGCCGUUCCGGGAUUUUGCCAUUGAUCGUAAUUUGUAUACGCAACCGACCAAUUGCCACGGGCCCAAAGAUCUAGUCGGCAAAAUGUGGAACGAAGUCAAAAGUGAGCGGUUUGCUUGUAAACCGCGCAUUAUCCAACCGCGCCCCGCCACUUAUGUGACAGCAGCGAAAGAUAAUGUCACCUUAACCUGCAAAGUUCGCGGAUCUGUGAUGGAGAUCACGUGGCUUUUUAACAAGCGAUCUAUUAAUCUCAACGACAAACGCAUCAAAAUCAAAAGUUAUGCGGAACAGCGACAGGGCGGACGUGAGUCGAACGAAGUUUUCACGUCAGAUUUGACAAUAACGAAUUUGAGGGGAAGUGACAAGGGGAAUUACGUGUGCAAAGCGAGUAAUCCAGGGGGCGUUGAUGAAGCCGAUAUCACUUUUGACAUUUCAUCAGAAGUUUUUGAACGGGGCGUUAUCGCAAACACGUCGAGUAACGUGCUGAUCAUCAUAGCACUCGUUGCCAUUGGAUUGCUGAUCUUCCUGAUAAUUGUGCUGAUAUCGCUGUGUUGCUACUGUCGACGCGUCAAGAAUUACAGCAAAAGUAACAACGUGACGGAGAACGGGCUGAUCAAUACGAAGCUGGAGAAGCAACAGCAGCAGGAUAGCAUCAUUGAGGGCGGAUCUGUGAUAAUGGAAAUGCAAAAGAGUUUGUUGACUGAAGUGAAUCCCGUGGAGAAACCACCGAGACGUGCCGAUAUUGAGUCCAGCGAGCAUGGAGAUGCCGAGGACAAUGGAGAUGUGAAACGAACGUUGUUGGACGAGACGAUUCUAGCUAGUCACGACGAUGAAACACAGUCUCUUGCAUUGUCAGACACAAGGCCUCGAUCUCGGCAAACAUUUGUAGACGACGGUUACGGCACCAGUUUGCCGCCUGACUUGUUGAAAUUCGGAAAUCCGCGUUUUCCGCAAUCGCCAUCCAUGCAAAGUUCCCUCUCGAACUUGCACGACGGCCAAUUCUACGGAAAAUCGCCGCUCGCAUCGCCCGUGUACCAACAUGCGCCUCUCGGUUACACAACGACGAUGACACCUGCGGGCUUCCGUACGUUGCAACAUCCGAAAAUUGGGCGAACGAUUGCCGUCGCAAAUCGCAGCAACUCUCCCUUUACGCCGGCUCCGCUGAUUUUUCCGCAGCCCAUCAUGAAGCAAGGUUACGUCACGAUUCCGCGAAAACCGCGCGGAAGUUGGGCGCCGUCUGCCAAUUCGACCGUUAUUGAUUUCCCACCGACGAGCCCAACGUCGAUGACGUCGUCCGAAGUUGUCGCGGAUCCGAUUUACGAUAAUUUGGGCAUGCGAACGACGGCGAGCGGAUAUUCGACGCUCGAGCUGCACAAAAAGGGCAAUCCGAAGUACACGAUGAAAGAUCGCCCCUUGCCAGCGACUCCUGUGCCAAAUGGCGGCGGUCUCACGAUCAGCAGCAACAACAAAAAUGGACAUCAAGAUGCUUCGGAUACGGAACCGCUGUACCCGAAAUCGACAUCGGGCAUGCCGCAAAUUACGCAAACGGCGAAAAUUCCACCGAGACCGCCUCCAAAGCCAAAAAAGAAGGUUUCCGUCACAAGUAGCCAACACGGACAAACCUCGAACCAGAUAUUUGAGGAUGAGUGCGAGGAUGGUACGGAGGUCUAGCAGUUACAGACUUCCGUUUUAUAGUAUUUAGUUUAAGAAAACACGCAAAAUUUCGCCUCUUACAUUUAGUUCUUUAAUUUUUAACUAAGUUUAAACAUUUUUUACACACAAAAUCGCGUAAAAUGCAUUUUUUACUCAACGAACGUAGAAUUUUUUACUUAAAUUUUAAGGACAUAUGAUUAGUUGAAAUAUUUAAUGAUAAUAUUAAUUAAUAUAUUGAACGAAAAAAAACUGAAAUAUGAACAAAAAAAAAAUGAAAU